AUUUGAUAAAAUUUCCAAAGUUAGCACACAUUUUUAAGCCUUUAACCUUUUCGUUUCAAACCUGGAAAUAAUUUUCUUCUAAUUAUUUCGUGAACAGAGUGCCAUAAAGGUUUCUAACAUACUGAUUCUGAUUCUACAACUUGAACCUCUCUUGUCUAUUGUUCUAAUCCUUGUUUGCUGUUUCAUUGAUUUGUAAACGACGGUGGUGAAAAUGAUACUGUUGACUCUCUUUUAGCAGAAACGGGGAAGGAAAUAACCAUAACAGAUAUGCAGGACAAUAUCUCACAAUGCCAAGAAAUUUUAUCGUUAUUUUUGCCACUGGAUGAAGUGACCAUUGCUAGGAUAGUUGGUGUGAUUGUCCGUACACAAUCAGAUGACAAGAGUGUACACUCAAAAUUACUUGCUGAUCUUUGUGGCAACAAUACAUCGGAGGAGCUAUCACAAUGGGAUGCAGACACUCUUAUUUAUGCAACAAAGCAACUUGCUCCUGAAUUGAACUGGGUAACUAUUAUGGAAAACCUAGAUCAUGAGGGUUUCAAUAUUCCCAACGAAGCAGCUUUUUACUUUUUGAUGUCUGUUUAUAAACAUGCCAGCCAGGUCACUUUCCUCUCAGAGCUAUUUGUGGCUCUAUCUAGAAGAAUGCUGAGGGUCUGAUUUCCUUACUUAAAUAUGCUGUCUCAGCUCCUCCGGAAGUGUUUACCUUUGCACAUUCUCGGAGGCAACUGGCCUAUGUUGAUGUUGUGAAUGACCAUAAGGUUCAAAUUGAACAUGCAAAUCAUGAGUGGUUGUGUCUUGACCUUCUGGAAGUUCUUUGCCAGCUGGCUGAGAGAGACCAUGCAAGUUCUGAAGUACUGCCCUGAAGUCUUGCUUCUUGGGAUGGCCCACAUUAAUACUGCAUCUAAUCUUCUCCAGCAAGAAGUUUCCUCUGCUGUUAUCCCAAUAUUACUGCAAAAUGCUGAUGCAAGUGGUAUGAUUGUUCAUCUGUGGCAUGUUAAUCCCAACAUAUUGUUGCGGGGUCUUGUAGAUGCGAUGAGCACUGACCCAGAAAACAUGAGCUGAUUUUUGGCUGCCUGUCAAGAUAUAUAAAGGAGAGACGAGUUCCCUGUGCACCUCCAGUUUGUAAACUAGUGUAACUCGUUUUUCCUCUCAGAUUCUAUCACCAAUACUAGAUAUGAUUCCAUAUGCAUUCGGUGUUAAACUUGCUGCCCUUGCUUCCUGCAAAGGACUCAUAGAUUUGGAGAAAUGGUUGAGCAGUAACUUGAACGCAUAUAAAGAUGCAUUCUAUGAGGAAUGCAUUAAGUUCUUGAAGGAGGUGCAUCUUGCUGCUCAAGUUGUAACUUCCAACCACUUCUGUUCUCCCAAUGCUCUUAGGAUUAUUUAUUUGGGAACUUCUUCAACGUUCUUAAAGGUCCUCCAGUCUCAUUCUUGCCUAGUUUCUUCACCCCACCUAUCUGUGGAAAUGGAUAAGUUGCAUGUAACAUACAUGGGAACUAAGUCACGGUUUAAGAGUUCUGGUUCUGCUGAUUUGUCAUCAUCUGAUUAUUAUUCUGAAGAUAUUGAAGCAGAAGCAAACUUGUACUUCCAUCAACUUUUCUCUGGUCAGGUAACUAAUGAUACAAUGAUUCGAAUGCUUGCUCAUUUGAAAGAAUCGACUGAAAAGAGGGAACAAGCAAUUUUCCGCUGCAUGAUCGUUAAGCUGUUAACUGAAUCUUUUGCCAAGUACCCUGUGAGGCAACUCCAAAUGUCUGCUGUACUCUUUGGUCAGACCUUCAGAUACUAAACCUUGAACUGCUCUCCUUCUUUUUACUCUUAAACUGUAUUCAAAUUUAUACGUAACUCUUAGGUGUUUAGCAUAUUCCUUAUUAAUUCGAAGAAUCCUGGCCAGCUAAGUAGGUUAAUAAAUUUAUUCUGAUUUGCACAUACAAAUAUUGUUAAUAAUUUCAUGAAAAACGUUUCAAUUCAUUGAAAUUACACUUAAGUUCAAGAAUGUUAUAUUAUUAAGACCUGACAAUGAUAAUCUACUUGCGACCUAGGUUAACAGUUGUUAAAGUAACGCCCAAGUGCCGCGAGGACUUAGAAUGAUAUCUUUUAGAUGGACCGGAAGGACUCUAGUUGUACUUAAGAAAGUUAAUCCUUUUACACUUGAGAUUACCUAACUAGAGUUUCGUAAAAAGAACUAGAUCAACAUUACGACCUAAAAUGGAAAUCCACAACCAUAGUUUCGUAUUCUUAUUGAUAACAACUAAGUUUUUAGUUACUAAGCAAUACUACAAUCAAAUAUCUUAAAUUUUACUUUCAACCAUUGUUUUAGAAAUAAAGACUAUUUGUUAUGGUUACACCUACGAGUAAUAUUCUCAAUGGGAUUCGACCCAAACUUUGGUGGAUUCUAUAAUUGAAGAACGAUUGCUUUAUACUUCAUUGAGAGGUGUAAUUUGAGCGUAUCAUGACCUCCGUGAGAUGGGGACCUUCGCUAUAACGAAACGCUUGACUCCCAUUUCCUGAUUUUUACUAACUCUUACCCCAUGGAGACUUAGGCAGGGGUACUAUUGUCCUAACCAUCCAUAACGACAAGACAGAUCAUUACAAUAUAUUACUUGUAAGUGCAAGAUAUUAUUCCCUUCAAAUGCAAUUGGUAUAGGUCAAAUAAUGCAAUUGUUUUAACUUCCUAGCAACUUUGACUUGAAAUACGAUCUACUGGCCAACAAAAAACAAAUCAAAUAUAUUUCUAAAUUAUAUGUAAAUACGCUGCAUGAUAUUGCUUCAGAAUAGGGAAUGGGGAGCAUACUUAUUUUUGUUAGACAAGAGGAUAGGAAAUACGGUUACGAAAAAAAAGUGGAUAGGAAAUAACAGCCUGAAGGGAGAGGAGUUCCCAGAUCUUUUUCUUUUAUUGCAAGGAGUCCCAAUGCUACUCUUUUUGAACAUUAGUCCCAAUGCUACUCUUAGUCAACUAACAGAUGGGGAAUGUUGGGGUAAACUUAUUAGAAAUAACAAUAUAAUUGAAGUGCCUUGGAAAUUGAUUUGAAAAAUCAAAACACCCACAAAACUAGCCUGCUUCAAUUGGUUGGCUAUCAUGGGCCAUAUGUUUGGCAGGAGUCCACUCUAGGUGUUACAUAUGUUUGGCAGAGAAUGAGAAUAUUAAUAAUCUAUUUUUGCAUUGUCCUGUAACAAAAAAUGUUUGUGAUAUUUUCUUUGCUUAUUUGGAAUACAAUGGUGUUGCCUGGUAGUCUUAGAGAAGCCCUCGUUAGCUGGGGUGUAAUAGAGAAUUGGGAAAAUCCAUCAGAAAAAACUUGGCAGUAUCGAUAGUUCCGCUUUGUGUCACAUUGAGUAGCUGGAAGUAGAGGAGCUAGAAGAGUUUUGAAGGAAUCUCAACUCUACUUUGUUUCUUGUUUUUUCAAGCUCCUUGAGCUUUUUAGACAGGAGUUGCAGUUGUACAGGAGCUAGCUAUUUUUGUAAUUCAACUGCAUUCUCUAGAUGCGUUGUUGAAUGAAAUCUACUUUCAUUUGAUUAAAAAAGAGCAAACAACAUAAAUCACACUAGUUUUGGUCCUAAUUACGUGCACUCACAUCAAUUUAGGAAAUUACCUUCCGUAUCACUUUUUCUUCGCCAAAUACAUGUAUCUCGCACACUCAGAUACAUGUAUCUCGUAUACAUGCGAGUUAAAUUUGAUUUAAUUUGUUUUAGAUUCACUAUAUUCAUUGUAAUUCACAUAUAUCUAGGAUACAUUAACUCUCUCGCUCGCCUCUCUCCUUAUGUAUCUGUAUUUCUGAUUGUAUAUGAAUUUCACAAUUUUGAUGUAUAUGUGUAUCCAGUAUCAAUUUCAUGCAUCUAGUAAGUUUCAUCACUAUAUCUGGUAUCAAAUAUUUAGUGUAUCCGUGCAUAGACACAUGUAUCUGUAUCAAAUAUUUAGUCUAUUUGUGUAUAGAUACAUGAAUCAAGUAUAAAAAAAAUGCACUGAUACAUUCAUCAGUGUAUCCGUGCAUAGAGAGCGAGAGCGAGCAAUACAAGAGAGGAAGAGCGAGGGGGAGAGAGAAGAAAAAUGAGAGCGAGCGAAAAGGAGAGAGUGGCGUAUCUGGCUUGAAAUCUGGUAUGAAAUUAUUAAUUAGUGAGACAAUAUGUGAUUAUUUC